AGUGACUGCACAUAUUCUGGAGUUGAGCUUGGAGAAGAACUAGAUCUGUACAAAAGUCUUGUAUUUAAAUAUAUAUAUAUUUAUAUUUCACAUAUUUAGUUCGAAGUGUAGUAGGAGUUUUUCUGAAAAUAUAUACAAGUAACACGGGCAAGGUUUAUCUGGAAGGAAAAGCGUUUGUUGACGGUGUCCGCUGCUGCUGGAGCUAAUUCGGAUCCCAAGGAAACUCUCAGGUUUAUCGGUUUUGAUGUUGAAUGCAACAGCAUGAAGCAUGAAAGCAGCCCACAGAGUCCAGACGAAGAUGUCCAGCCUGAUCAACCCACCAAGUACCCGCGGAGCUCCCGGAGCCUGAACCGGCUGGCCACGAGGUUUAUCGGGUUACUGCAGGAGGCUGAGGGCGGACAGCUGGACCUCAGAUACGCUUACGAGGUCCUGUCUUUUGGACAAAAAAGAAGAAUCUAUGACAUUACAAAUGUGCUGGAGGGCAUUGGUCUUAUUAGGAAAAUUUCAAAGUGCAUUGUCAAGUGGAUGGGCGCAAAUCCACAAGACAAUAUACAAAAGGAAAGAAUCCUAAAGUUAAGGUCUGAAGUAGAGGCCCUGGAGAACAUGGAACAUGUGUUGGACCAGCAGACACUUUUUGUUGAACAGGACAUCAAGAAAACAACAGAAGAGUGCAGAAAUCUUAACCAUGUGACUCAUGAAGAUAUCUUCAAUUGCUUCAAUGGGCACACUGUUUUGACAGUACAGUCACCACCUGGCACACAGGUAGAUGUCCCCAUUCCAAAAGCUGUUCCAAACUGCCCGCCGAAGUACCAGAUCCAUUUGAAAAGCGUCAGAGGACCCAUAGAUGUCGUAUUUCUUAACAAAUGUUCUGUCAGCUCAGUUCCUGUUGUACUUCCAGUCCCACCGCCUAAAGAAAUUUUACAGCGUGCCAGGUUAGCCAUGUUAACUUCAGAAGAGAAAGAAAACAGUUCCAGACCCAGUCAGGAUUCAGCCAGUAGCAAACAUGGCGGUAAAUCUAAAAUGAUGGCUGUGGAGGACAUGCAGCCUCUACAUGCAUCAUCACUGAUAAAUACUGAACCCAAUAGAACGGAUGAUGCUGAAUUUCGAGAUUUAUCAAAGGAACUGCUGGACCCCACAGAUCCACUCAAAGGAAUGAAUGCUGAUCUGGUCACUCGUCUCAUGGCCACUGAAGCUUUUUCUCAACUUGCCUGCCUAUCUACAGUCCUUUCUGAACAUGAAAAUGUCUCUAAAAUGGAUGACAGCGAAAGCCUCUGAUGUCAUUAUCAUUGCUGUGAAUAGUGUUUGAUCAUAUACACCGGCAUUUCAUCAGAAGUGGUUGUUUUUCUGAUGUCUCUUUUUUAUAAAGUCAUUUGGUUUUAGUACAUAAUAAAGCUGUGAUUUCAAAUAAUGUCAAUUUUAUUAAGAAUUAAAAAUGUUCAUUAUAACACAGUAUCUUGCAGCUUGAACUGUAAGUUCAAAGUUAUGUCGGACCUGUUUGACAUACACUGGGUCUGUGCCGUUGAAUA